GAAUGAAGCGUCAGCCCACCCAUUGGGAAGAGAAAAAUAAACUUCAGUUUCAGAGAAUUUGUGUUUGAAGCAGGGUCGUACAAUGUCCGCAGAAUUUAAAGUUAUGGAUUUGGUGUGGUCCAAAAUGAAGAGAUUUACACCCUGGCCAUCCUGUAUUGUUCAACCCUCCACAAGCACCCCGAGACCAACUAAAAGAGGGUGUAAAUGGGUGUAUUUCUUCGGCUCUAACAACUAUGGAUGGAUCGAAAAUGCCAAUAUCAAGCCCUAUGCUGACUAUAAGGAAAAGUUCACCUCAUUGUGUAGCAGUGUGCUUUUCAAGAAGGCCGUUGUUGAAAUUGAGGCAUAUAUUGCUAACUUGGAGAAAGAUCCAAAUUACCAACUGGAACUACCUGAAGAACAAGGGACACCAAUGCGAAAGUCAAGAGAUGAUUCUGAGGAGAAAUUCAAUAAGCUGGUGACAGCAGCCACUAAGAAAACUCCAAAAAAGCCUGCCCCUGUGAAAAGACAGAAUUCCGAUUCUUCAAGUAGCAAAGUAUCUUCAUACUCCAAGAGAGCCAGACAGUCAUCACCAAGAACCGAGGAGAAUGGCAUUAGUAAUGUUGGAAUCGAAUUAUUGAACGUACCCCCAGCAGUCGAUCUUCCUGAAUCUCCCACUCUGGAUCUCAGCACUAACCAAGAAUUAUUGAAGACAAAGAACAUCUUGACAUCGAAUUUGACAUUUGGUUUCAUAGGGCUCGGAGUGAUUGGAGCUGGAGUCGUGAAAAACCUCGUCAGCUCAACGCACAGAGUCAAUCUGUAUAGCAGAUCACUGAAAAAGUGUGAAGAACUCAAAGAAUGGGCGGACAGAAUCAAGGUAGGUUUAGUGAAAACCUACAUUACACCAUGCGAUGUAAUGCGGAACUCCGACAUCAUAUUCAGUUGUGUGACAGACCCUCGAUCUGCAAGAGAAAACGUGAUCGGCAACUGCGGCGUCUUGGGUCGCGACGACGACUCUCUCGAAGGCAAAGGGUACGUCGAGAUGACGGGCAUCGACCCGCAGACGUCCAAGGACAUCUGCGAGAUCAUCAAGAGCAAGGGCGGGCGGUAUCUCGAGGCGCAAGUGCAAGGUAGCAAAGCUGAGGCGAACGAGGGCAGCCUCGUCGUCCUGACGGCCGGCGACAAGACCCUCUUCAUUGAUUGCCAAUCCUGCUUCAAGGCCAUGGGAAAGACGGCCUUCUUCCUCGGCGACGUCGGCUACGCCACCAAGACCAACUUGAUACUGCAGCUGAUAAAGGGCAUAGCCCUGGUUGGACUAGCUGAAGGUUUGGCUAUGGCCGACCGCUGCGGCAUCAGCUCCCGCGACGUUCUCAACAUCUUCAACCUGACCGGCCUCUCCUGCAACUAUCUCAGCUCCAAGGCCGACCUGAUGGUCCACAAGAACUUCAAGCAGGUGCAGCAGGCCGUCGAGCACAUGCAGAAGGACAUGAAGCUGGCGCUGGACCUGGCCGAUCAGCUCAAGCAGCCUUUGUCGAUGACGUCGGCUGCUAAUGAGGUUUUAAAACAUACGAGGCGGUCGGGGUACGACGGGCAGGACGCGUCUUGUAUAUACAUGAGGACGAGGCAUUAGGAGAGAGUGAGGGUGUCUCUAAAAUAUCUCUACCAAAUGAUAUCACGGAUUGGGAUUCCUGAGACCAAAAUAAGACGAUUGAAACACGAAAAUGCUUCGUUCAGUCGCUGAAAGGCUUUGAAGUAAUUAUUUUGA